AUGACCACCACCAGCGCCACCCACCUACUACGCCGCACCACAGCCCACCAACUCCUCCCCCGGACCACACGCCGCACCCUCUCCAUCGAGCCGCAGCCCCCGCCACCGCAGCCCCCCAAACAGCCUUCCCGAGUCGGCGCAUUCUACAAGUCCUUCUCCGCACCCAUCCUCAAGUGCUUCCUUGGCGCCCUCUUCACAUACCAGCUCGCGUACUUUGGAUGGAUGAAGCUCGAGGCGAUCGAGGAGGCGCACGAUAAGAAGACGGAGAUGAGCGGCUUGCACGCCGAGCUGGCCAGUGUCAUUGCUGCCAAGCGGAGAGACGCCGAGAGUGCCAUGGAGGGCGUGGGAGCCAGGGUGGGAGAGCUCGGGGAUAAGGCGGGAGAGGCGACAGAGGGCUUGGGUGUUGCUGCGCGCGUGAAGAAGGGGGGUUGGUGGCCUUGGUGA